CUCCCUCCCUCUCUCUCUUUUCCCCCUUCCCUACAAUGAAAAUGCAGCAGUUUUGAAUAUUUAGAAAUAUUUUCGGGACUGGGAAUCAGAAGAAGUGGAUUAGAUGGCAUUUCAUCCUGACUGCCCACCUUGGAUCUUUUCCCUUCUUUCUUUGCUUUCUUUCACACAACACGUUUAUAAUGCUUUUUAAGGACCAGUACUUCCUUAUGCAAAAGAAUAGCUGGUAAUUAAAAUGUGCAGGAUGAAAAGAUGGAGCAACCACCAGUGCUUGUACCACCAGGACCGGACAGCUUCCACUACUUCACUAGAGAGUCUCUCGCAGCUAUUGAACAACGUAUUGCUGCAGAAAAGGCAAAGGGAGUCAAAAAAGACCAUAAAGACGACGAAGAAAAUGGCCCAAAGCCAAGUAGUGACUUGGAGGCUGGCAAAACACUGCCCUUUAUUUAUGGAGACAUACCUCCUGGAAUGGUGGCUACUCCUUUGGAAGACCUGGACCCAUAUUAUAUUAAUAAAAAAACUUUUAUAGUAUUGAAUAGAGGGAAGGCAAUUUUCCGAUUCAGUGCCACCCCUGCCCUAUAUAUAAUAAGUCCUUUCAACCUUCUUAGAAAAAUAGCUAUUAAGAUUUUGGUACAUUCAUUAUUCAGCAUGCUCAUUAUGUGCACUAUUUUGACCAACUGCGUGUUCAUGACCCUAAGUGACCCUCCAGAGUGGACAAAGAAUGUAGAGUAUACAUUCACAGGAAUAUAUACAUUUGAAUCACUUAUAAAAAUAAUUGCAAGGGGCUUUUGUAUAGAUGGUUUCACCUUCCUCCGGGAUCCUUGGAACUGGCUUGAUUUCACUGUCAUUACAUUUGCAUAUGUGACAGAGUUUGUGGACCUGGGCAAUGUCUCAGCGUUGAGAACAUUCAGAGUUCUCCGGGCAUUGAAAACAAUAUCAGUCAUUCCAGGCCUGAAGACGAUUGUGGGAGCCCUCAUUCAGUCUGUGAAGAAGCUGUCAGAUGUUAUGAUUCUGACUGUAUUUUGUCUGAGUGUAUUUGCUCUAAUAGGGCUUCAGCUGUUCAUGGGAAACUUGAGGCAUAAAUGCUUGUACUGGAAUCCAGACAAUUCUACAAAUGAUACUUACCUAUUUAAUAACACAUUUGAAGACAACAGUACACAUAAUAGCACACAAUUUGACUGGGAUGAAUAUAUAAGCAUUGAAAGUCAUUUUUAUUUUUUGGAAGGACAAAAUGAUGCUUUGCUUUGUGGCAACAGCUCGGAUGCAGGUCAAUGUCCAGAAGGUUAUGUGUGUAUAAAAGCUGGUAGGAACCCAAACUAUGGUUAUACAAGUUUUGACACCUUCAGCUGGGCUUUUUUGUCCCUCUUUCGAUUGAUGACUCAGGACUUCUGGGAGAAUCUUUAUCAGCUGACUCUGCGUGCUGCUGGCAAAACAUACAUGAUCUUUUUUGUUCUGGUGAUUUUCCUGGGCUCCUUCUACCUGAUCAACUUGAUCUUGGCUGUUGUCGCCAUGGCCUACGAAGAGCAGAAUCAAGCCACCAUGGAAGAAGCUGAACAGAAAGAGGCCGAGUUUCAGCAGAUGCUGGAGCAGCUGAAAAAACAACAAGAAGCAGCUCAGCAGGCUGCAGAGGCAGCUGCGACAGCUUCGGCUGAGUCCAAAGAACCCAGCGGAGGAGGAGGAGGAGGAGUGGGGAGGCUCUCUGAAAGUUCUUCGGAAGCAUCAAAGUUGAGUUCAAAAAGUGCAAAAGAGCGGAGAAAUCGAAGGAAGAAAAGGAAACAGAAAGAACAAUCUGGAGGAGAAGAAAAAGAUGAAGAUGAGUUUCACAGAUCUGAAUCAGAAGAUAGCAUCAGGAGGAGAGGUUGCCGAUUCUCUAUUGAAGGGAAUAGGCUAACUCUAGAACGGAAGCACUCUUCGCCCCACCAGUCUUUGCUGAGCAUGCGUGGCUCCCUGUUUUCCCCAAGGCGCAACAGCAGAACAAGCCUUUUCAGCUUCAGAGGUAGAGCAAAGGAUAUAGGAUCAGAGAAUGACUUUGCUGAUGAUGAGCACAGCACAUUUGAAGAUAAUGAUAGCAGAAGAGAUUCCCUUUUUGUGCCGCGCAGACAUGGUGAACGGCGCAACAGUAACAUUAGUCAGGCCAGUAGGUCAUCCAGGAUGCUGGCAGUGUUUCCAGUGAAUGGGAAGAUGCACAGCACGGUGGAUUGCAAUGGGGUGGUUUCCUUGGUUGGUGGACCAUCUGUUCCUACAUCGCCUGUUGGACAGCUUCUGCCAGAGGUGAUAAUAGAUAAACCAGCUACUGAUGACAAUGCCACAACUACAGAGACAGAAAUGAAAAAAAGAAGAUCGAGCUCUUUCCAUGUUUCCAUGGAUUUUCUGGAAGAUCCUACUCUGAGAGAUAGAGCCAUGAGUAUAGCUAGCAUAAUCACAAACACGAUGGAAGAACUUGAAGAGUCCCGACAGAAGUGUCCACCUUGUUGGUACAAAUUUGCAAACAUUUUCUUGAUCUGGGACUGCUGUCCAUGUUGGUUGAAAGUAAAACAUUAUGUUAACAUAUUUGUGAUGGAUCCAUUUGUUGAUCUUGCCAUUACAAUCUGCAUUGUUUUAAAUACACUCUUUAUGGCGAUGGAACAUUACCCAAUGUCGGAGGAAUUUGAAGCAGUACUUAAUGUCGGAAACCUGGUUUUCACUGGAAUCUUCACAGGAGAAAUGCUUUUCAAACUAAUAGCCAUGGAUCCAUAUUAUUACUUCCAAGAAGGCUGGAACAUUUUUGAUGGCAUUAUUGUCACUCUUAGUUUGGUUGAACUGGGACUAGCAGAUGUGGAAGGACUAUCAGUUCUCCGCUCAUUCCGAUUGCUGCGUGUUUUCAAACUGGCAAAAUCCUGGCCAACUCUAAACAUGCUGAUCAAGAUUAUUGGCAACUCUGUGGGUGCCCUGGGGAACCUGACUUUGGUCCUGGCCAUUAUUGUCUUCAUUUUUGCCGUGGUUGGAAUGCAGCUGUUUGGCAAAAGCUACAAGGAGUGCGUCUGCAAGAUCUCCAGCGACUGUGUGCUUCCACGCUGGCACAUGAAUGACUUCUUCCACUCUUUCUUGAUCGUCUUCAGAGUACUUUGUGGCGAAUGGAUAGAAACUAUGUGGGACUGUAUGGAGGUUGCAGGUCAAGCCAUGUGCCUUACAGUCUUCAUGAUGGUCAUGGUGAUUGGAAAUCUAGUGGUCCUGAAUCUGUUUCUGGCUUUGCUGCUGAGUUCUUUUAGUGCAGACAACCUGGCUGCCACGGAUGAUGACAAUGAAAUGAACAAUCUCCAGAUUGCCAUGGCACGAAUAGAUAAAGGCAUAGCUUAUGUGAAAAGAAAGCUCCGGGAAUUCAUUCAGAAAUCCUUCGUUAAAACGCAAAAAGCUUUAGAUGAAAUCAAGCCCCUGGAGGAGCUAAACAACAAGAACAGCUGCAUCUCUAACCACACCAUAGAAAUUGUCAAAGACCUGGAUUAUUUUAGAGAUGGAAAUGGGACCACAAGUGGCAUUGGUACAGGCAGCAGUGCGGAGAAAUACGUUGUGGAUGAAAGUGAUUACAUGUCGUUCAUAAACAACCCAAGCCUGACUGUGACUGUGCCCAUUGCUCUUGGAGAAUCCGAUUUCGAAAAUUUAAACACUGAGGAGUUUAGCAGUGAGUCAGAUUUGGAAGAAAGCAAAGAGAAGUUAAAUUCUUCUAGCUCAUCAGAAGGAAGCACAGUCGAUAUUGGGCUUCCAGCAGAAGAACAACCAGAAGCAGAGCCUGAAGAAGUUCUUGAGCCUGAAGCUUGUUUUACAGAAGGCUGUGUACAAAGAUUCAAGUGCUGCCAAGUUAGUGUAGAAGAAGGGAGAGGAAAACAAUGGUGGAAUCUUAGAAAAACCUGUUUCCGAAUAGUUGAACACAACUGGUUUGAAACCUUCAUUGUCUUUAUGAUUCUUCUGAGUAGUGGUGCUCUGGCCUUUGAAGACAUAUACAUUGAACAGAGAAAAACUAUCAAGACCAUGCUGGAAUAUGCUGACAAGGUCUUUACAUACAUCUUCAUUCUUGAGAUGCUGUUGAAGUGGGUGGCAUAUGGAUAUCAAACAUACUUCACUAAUGCCUGGUGUUGGCUGGAUUUCCUGAUUGUUGAUGUAUCAUUGGUUAGUUUAACAGCAAAUGCUUUGGGUUAUUCAGAACUUGGUGCCAUAAAGUCCCUUCGGACACUGAGAGCUCUCAGGCCUCUAAGAGCCUUGUCAAGAUUUGAAGGGAUGAGGGUGGUUGUGAAUGCCCUACUGGGAGCAAUUCCAUCCAUUAUGAAUGUGCUUCUCGUUUGUCUUAUAUUCUGGCUAAUUUUCAGCAUCAUGGGAGUAAAUCUGUUUGCUGGAAAAUUCUACCACUGUAUUAACACCACUACUGGUGACAUGUUUCCUAUUGACAUAGUUAACAAUAAGUCUCAAUGUGAAGAACUCAUUGAAGCGAAUCAAACAGCCAGAUGGAAAAAUGUGAAAGUUAACUUUGAUAACGUAGGAUUUGGGUAUCUUUCUUUACUGCAAGUGGCUACAUUUAAAGGAUGGAUGGAUAUUAUGUAUGCAGCGGUUGAUUCAAGAAAUGUACUGCAACAGCCAGUCUAUGAAGACAACCUUUUUAUGUAUCUUUACUUUGUUAUCUUCAUAAUCUUUGGGUCAUUCUUCACCCUAAAUCUGUUUAUUGGUGUCAUCAUUGAUAACUUCAAUCAGCAAAAGAAGAAGUUUGGAGGUCAAGACAUCUUUAUGACAGAGGAACAGAAAAAGUACUACAAUGCGAUGAAAAAGUUGGGGUCUAAAAAGCCUCAAAAGCCUAUACCCAGACCAGGGAACAAAUAUCAAGGCGUGGUCUUUGAUUUUGUGACGAGACAAGUGUUUGACAUCAGUAUUAUGAUUCUUAUCUGCCUUAAUAUGAUCACCAUGAUGGUAGAAACAGAUGAUCAAAGUAAACAAAUGGAGGACGUUCUAUACCGCAUCAAUCUGAUAUUCAUCGUCCUUUUUACUGGAGAAUGUGUCCUCAAACUCAUUUCCCUGCGCUAUUAUUACUUCACCAUUGGAUGGAAUAUUUUUGAUUUUGUAGUCGUCAUCCUUUCUAUUGUAGGUAUGUUCCUAGCAGAGAUCAUUGAGAAAUACUUUGUGUCACCCACCUUGUUCCGAGUGAUCCGUCUUGCCAGGAUCGGCCGGAUCCUGCGUCUGAUCAAGGGUGCUAAAGGGAUCCGCACCCUGCUUUUUGCCUUGAUGAUGUCCCUUCCUGCCUUGUUCAACAUUGGACUCCUCCUUUUCCUGGUCAUGUUCAUCUACGCUAUCUUCGGAAUGUCCAAUUUUGCCUACGUGAAGAGAGAAGUUGGGAUAGAUGACAUGUUCAACUUUGAAACUUUUGGCAACAGCAUGAUCUGCCUCUUUCAAAUCACCACCUCUGCAGGCUGGGAUGGCUUGCUCGCCCCCAUUCUCAACAGUGGACCCCCAGACUGUGAUCCUAAAAAGGACCACCCAGGAAGUUCGGUCAAGGGAGACUGUGGCAAUCCUUCCGUUGGGAUUUUUUUCUUUGUCAGCUACAUCAUCAUAUCAUUUUUAGUGGUAGUAAAUAUGUAUAUUGCUGUCAUUUUGGAGAACUUUGGUGUGGCAACCGAAGAAAGUGCAGAGCCUUUGAGUGAGGAUGACUUUGAGAUGUUUUAUGAGGUUUGGGAGAAGUUUGACCCAGAUGCAACCCAAUUCAUGGAAUUUGAAAAACUCUCCGAAUUUGCAGCUGCUCUGGAUCCUCCUCUUCAUUUACCAAAGCCAAACAAGGUUCAGCUUAUUGCAAUGGAUCUGCCCAUGGUAAGCGGGGACAGAAUUCACUGCCUUGACAUCUUGUUUGCUUUUACAAAGCGUGUACUGGGCGAGAGUGGAGAGAUGGAUGCUCUCCGCAUACAAAUGGAAGACCGCUUCAUGCAGUCCAAUCCUUCCAAAGCCUCCUAUGAGCCCAUUACAACUACAUUAAAGCGGAAGCAAGAGGAGUUAUCUGCUGUCAUUAUCCAACGGGCUUAUAGAAGUUACCGUUUAAGAAAAACAGUACACCAAGCUUCAUUUAUGUAUAAUAAAAAUAAAAUGGAAAGGGGGGCUGGCCAGCGUAUCAGAGAUGAAAUCCUCAUUGACAAGAUAAAUGAGAACUCGUAUACAGAGAAAACGGACUUGACCAUGUCAACGGCAAUUUGUCCGCCAUCCUACGACCGUGUCACCAAGCCCAUUGAAGAAAAACAUGAAAAGGAAGGGAAAGAUGUACGGAAGAAAAAAUAAAAUGCACGCUAGAAAUUCCAAUUGGGGCAUAAAUUGUUUACAGCCUGUGUGUGUGUGCGUGUGCGUGUGUCAUGUAGUUGGACCCACAGAACUCCUCUAGGCGGUAUAUGCCAAAUGGGCAGUUUUUACAAAUCCACUGUAUUCUUAAGGUCAGUGCCUAUAACAAGACAACAACCCCUUGUCAUCAGACACGGGACUGCAAGGCGUGGGAAGCAUGACAAGAGGUUACUGUUUUCAUUACCAGCUGACACUGCUGAAGAGGAGGAGGAAAAUGGCUAAUCAGACUGUAGGGACCAGUAAGGGGUUGAAUAAAAAAGAAAACCUAGUAUUUUUUGUGUGUUAAACAUGAAACACUUAGUACAGUCAGUGUAUCCACUGUUUGCAUUUCAACUGCCACAUUUGUCAUCUUUCUACAAAAUCUGUGUUGGUGGAUUCAUCAUCUUCUUUUUCUUUUCUUUUUAUUCACACAUGGUGACUAUUUUUGUAAAUGGGGUUUAUGUUGGGGAAGGGGAUAAGUGCUACUUUACCAGUAUGAGGACCAGGUGUUCUAUUACACGAUUCUCUCUCUCUCUCUCUUAUAUGCACACCAAAAUGAUUUGCAUGGAGGCAUGCUGCACUUAUAGAUCAUGCAUGGGGGGAAACAUUUAUGUUAUAAAGGAUGACAGGUUUUCAACAACUCUGUUAACGGCGAGGGAAAUACUUAAUUCUGAGGUGCUUAACAAAAGUAUCCAUGUUGUGUUACAUCCAGACCAGGCUUUAAAUGCCUCUAAAGUCCUUUCUAAUCCACAAGAG